CGGCGGAGCUGCUCGCCCCUUUAAACAGGUUUCUCCCAAUGCAGCUUUCCACCCGCUCUUUGUCCGCGCCCGGCUGACUGACGACGCGUUUCCCUUUAAGAUGAUGUCGGAGACUAUUAUGUGUUAUUUAAUUAUUUUGUGUAAUGUCGGCAGGCAGAAACUUGGACUAAACAAUAACGUUACAGAGGAGCGACGGUAAGAAGAGGAGUGUAGCCCCGGCCGGCAUCAUCGCGUCUCAAAGUGGCGGAGGGGUUCGCUGUAGUCCGGUGUCCUUGCGUGUGUCAAAGGCAGCAGCUGGGGGUGUUUAUGACAGACAGCAGCACUUCUCCGGGACAGAAAUGUCUCUUCAUGUUGGACUAACAGACAAAGCAGACUGGCAUCGAGGCGCAGAGCAGAUACGGUGAAUGCGGUGAAAGUACUCUCUUACUGUCUGCUCUCACCGCGCAAUGUUUUGGAUGUUUGGAGGAGACAACGGGCAGUAGUCUCAGCACACAUAUAACAGUGUUUUAAAGGGAGAUUUCCCACAUCUCUCCCCCUCUACGUGGGGACCAACCAUCACCACAACCUCCCCCUUUAACCCCUUCCAGCAUGACAUCACCAGACUCGCCCCCUCUGGUCUCCCCUUCCCCGUGCCCUGCCCCACCUCCAUCCCUCCCUUCCUCCCCCGUGCCCUCCUCUCCGGCGCCGUCCUCUUCCUCCCUCCCCGCCCCGCCCUCGCUGCCGCCCACGGGUGAGGUGAUGGUGCUGGCUCUGGGCAGGAAGAAGCAAAGGGUCCUGAUUGCUCUCUCCAUCCUGCCCAACCUCUUCCUGGCCUUCCUGCUCUCUUCCGACCCCCUCAUCACCCUCUCCUCGCCCCACCACUGCCACCUGCCGGGGCCCUUGCCGUCGCCCGAGGUGCUGAACGCCUCCCUGCCCUGGGAGAAGGGGGAACGGCCCGGGGACAGCGGGGGCCUGUCCCAGUGUAAGCAGUACGUCAACGGCAGCCAGUCGGCUGUGGUGGACUGCGAGGCCGGCUGGGACUACAAUGUCACAGAAGGGCUGAGGAACAACAUUGUUACUGAGUGGGAUCUGGUGUGUGGUCAGUACUGGCUGGUCCCGGUGGAGGAGGUGUGUUUCAUCCUGGGCGUGCUGACCGGUUGUCUUGGCCUGGGCUACACCGCUGACAGGCUGGGUCGGUCCAAGACUCUGCUGACCUCUCUGACCCUGUCAGUGGUGUUUGGGGUGCUGGUGUGUGUCUCUCCGUACCCCUCCAUCUUCAUCGUCAUGCGUUUCUGUCUGGCGGCUGCCAGUGCGGGAGUCUACCUCACUCUGUACAUCACCCGCCUGGAGCUGUGUGAGCCGUCUCUGAGGCUGGUGGUCACCAUGCUGGCCGGACUGAUGACUGUAGCCGGGGAACUGCUGCUGCUGGCCGUGGCUCUCGGCUGCCAGUCCUGGAGGGGCCUGCUGGGAGCCGGCUCCGCACCGCUAACCCUCUUCCUCAGCUACGGCAUUCCUGGGGUAUUUCCAGAGUCUCCACGCUGGCUCCUUCUGUCAGAGCGAUCUGGGGACAUGAACUCCUUCACAGAGAGAAGAAACUCCAACAGAGAUGUGAGGGAUGAUGAGAGCUUCACAGAGCUGGACUCAGAACCGGCCCCCUCCUCUCGCCCCCACCUGUCCUUCCCCGAGCUCUUCCACAGCAGGAACAUCUGGAAGAACAUGUGUGUGCUCGGCUUCACCUCAUUCAUCUCUCACGGCAUUAGUCACUGUUAUAGCUCUUUCCGAGGUGACGUCAGAGGCACUGCCCCCAGCUUCUAUUGGACCUACCUGCUGUCUGUUUGUGCAGGGGGCGGCGCCUGGCUGUUGCUCUGGGCGACCGUAGACAGGUGCGGCCGCCGUGGCAUUCUGCUCCUCUCCAUGACGAUGACGGGCCUGGCCUCUUUAAUCCUCCUGGGACUCAUGGAGUAUCUCAGUGAGACGGCCAUCACUGUCUUCUCAGUGCUGGGUCUCUUCUCCUCCCAGGCCACCGCCUCCCUCUGCAUCCUCUUCACAGCAGAGAUCAUGCCCACCAUCAUCAGGGGCACUGGCGUGGGCGCCGUGCUCGCUCUGGGCUGCGUGGGCCGCCUCAGCUCCCCGCUCAUGGACCUGAGGAACCACUAUGGCUACUUCCUGCACCACGUUGUCUACUCCUCUCUGGCCCUGCUGGCCGUGCUCUCCAUCCUGCUGCUGCCCGAGAGCAAGAGGAAGCCGCUGCCCCAGACGCUGGCCGACGGGGAGCAGUACAGACGCCCCCCGCUGGGCAGGAGGAGGAGGGACAACGUGCCACUGCUGGCCACGCCCAACCCAGAGACUUAAAAAGAAACAGAAACAGCGUGGAUGGACUGUUCUCAAGUCAACUCACUUUACCUGCCAGCCUGUCAUGCAGCCAGAACAUUUACAUCUAUUCAUGUUCAUGCAGAGCAAUACAGAGAGUGGAAGAAGAAGCAGAAAGAGGGAGAGAGAGAGAGAAAAUGGCUGCAUUUAUCAGUGUGGACAGACCAUGAUGGACGGUGAUGAACCUGACACUCCAAGCUUCCUUACAUAUCAUCCUCUAGUCAUUCCAAACGCAGGCGGCUGGGUUGAGCUGCCAUUUCAUUCCAUCUUUCUCCAUUUCCUGCCAUUCAGAUGUCAACGUGUUUCUGAACAUACACAACGUUCACAUCUAGGGAAGUCCUCAUCUUUCCUUUCAUCUCUUCCUGACCGGAUGGCGGGUGCUCCCCCCCCCCCCACACCAGCAUACACUGCUGCACGCCGUCCUCCAAACCCAGUGUGUCUGUCGUAGAGAUGUUAGCCGCUUACUGCGAUCUCAACUCUACUCUCUGGCUCGGAGAGUAGUCGCAGCUUAAUCCUAGCAUUUGUCUUAACCCGCGUAGGAUGUUUUUUUUCGUCGUGUUCGCUGUGUACGACAACACAAUAAGUGCUCAGAAAUGUACGAAAUCGAAGCAAAGUGUGUGAAAGUUUGCAUACUUUUCUGUGAUGUACAACUUAACUGACACUUGUGGUAAAUCCAAACAGAGAUGGACUGCAGUUCUCGCACUUGUAACACUCAAGGGUGUUGUGGGAGUUAUAUGCCUUGUAAAUACUCUAGACUUAGUUUCUUUAACUUUUUGGGGCAUCUGAGUUUUGUUAAAGCAGACCCUGUGGCUGGAAACUGUGCAGUACAGUAUGCUAUGCAGUGGAAAAGUGUGGCACAGAGCACUUUGAAUUAUUCUUUUGAAAGACGAUGGUGGUGAAUUUGACCAAAGCCUUCAAAUUUAAGGGAAGGGACACUUUUCUGAACGUAAAUCAUCUAAACACUAUGACGGCACCAUCUGUUCACUCAGUAUUGGGAUCAGAGGCAAAAACGCAACAAAAAAAAGUGUUAUUCCAGUUGUUAAACCUGGCCUGGAGCCAGAGAUAUUUAUAUCUUAUUUAUGUUGUUAUUACGCAUAAUAGCCUGAACGGGCAAAAUUCAAUAAGUUAUCCAGAGGCCUCUGAUUUUUCAGCAUUAAGCUAACUAUUGAUAAAUUGGGUUGAGAUGACGUGGCAUGGAAUAAACUUUCCAUUUUCUGAUGAUCGAAGAACAGUGUAGCUGUUAAAUGUCACAACAUUCCUAUCUGCAUGUUUGGACACACUGAAGGGCUUGUUUUUUCUGUAUUUCCUCAGAAGCUUAUAGUUACUCAAUACCUCUCUAGAUGACCAGUCUCUGCUGUAAGAGAAUAGACGGGUACGAACAAACUACAGUAGUAAGUUUAAAUGGUGACUUGUAUAACCAGGCACAUAUAUUUUUGUCAGGGCUUGAUAUGUGGAGGUUAUCUUGUGUUAUUUUGGCUGAAUGUUUAUUGAUGCUGGAGAAAGGGCCCCAUGAUUAAGCUCCGUGAGGAUUGAACGGCAGCUAAAGAGGGCCCCGGAGCUCCAAAUUAACCCCCGACUCCUCCUCAAGCACGCCACAAGGAUAAUUGUUUUCGUCAUACAGUAGCUUAUUUAUUUGACAUUUUACAUAUGACACAAGUUAAAUCAUGAUAGAGAAUCAUCAAAAAAUGAUCAAAAAAAUCUGAGUGUAUGCUAGUGUGCCCGGGUAAUUCUGUUCCUCAAGUUUUCGUGUGUGCGUGAGGAAGCGGGGGUUGUUUAAUUUGGACUCUGACAUUGAGGAUAAUUAUAAAAGUAAUUAUGAAGAACACUCACCUCUACUGAUCGCUUCUUCCUCUGUCAGCUUUUGGUAGUUUUUUUUUGUUUUCUUCUCUGUAUGUUGCACUCGACAAGUCCUAACACUUAUACACUGAUGAUUAUUAUCACUAUGAUUAACUUGGCUCGAGUAAUAUUAUGUCUGACAACACUGAUGAUCUGUUCAAUGAUGAGUGUGAUGCAGUUAACUCUAUAGCCUGAUUUCAUGUAAAAUAAAACUGGUUAAAUAAUA